AUGCAGACUCUUUGCGUAUUCCUACUCAGCCUCCUCGCAAGAGCAACUAUCGUUGCGGCCCCGCCUCCCAGUUCGCUUGCAAUACGUGACGAUGCUACGCCAAAUGUCAACUCAGCCCACAUGAAUUACCUGGUGGCCCGCAGGCCUGUGCGGCGAAUUAUCUUCGACACCUACGUUGUCAUCGGGGACGAUGAGACAUUUGGUGACCAAAAUUUUGGCCGGAACCAGGACCAGAAAACGAUUCCCAUCGACAACGAGUUCGGCAGCAGCGGUAUCCGACCAUUUCGAAGCGCGAGCCGGGGAUGA